AUGUGUUUGAUGACCGUAGCGAAUACUCGACCAAUUGAUAUUCACGCAAUAGUAUGCAGUCUUCGGCGAUGCCGUGCUCUAGCCGUACAAAGCUUUGAGCAGUAUCUUUCGCUGUACAAAUUGGUAUUACAAUUUGCUCAACAGAAUGGUUGUAUUUCUACAGAAGAAGUUGAAAACUUCUAUCGUAUCAUGCAAAUGGCGCGACUUUAG